AUGUUCGAUGCUGGGUCUACCCUCCGCAUCCGCGACACGCCGACGUUGCUCAUAGGGAUCUCCGCGCACCUAACGCAAUGGAGCCGCAUCUCAUGGGCAUCCCUGGGACCCCAGAAAACUCCACAAUCGGUUGUGAUGUUUCACCACAGUACAUAUCUUGACACCAGCGUCGGGCAUGACGACGGGCGGCACCUGGUGAAAAAGGAGCUUCGCACCCGCGACGGCAAGCGCUACACGUGGACCCUUCUAGUCCUCACCUGGGACGGGCAAGACGAUGCGGUCGAGGUUUCUCAUCAACACCCUGGUGGAGCAGAGAAUUGGCUAAAAUAUGUUGGGGACGGGUCCAAGGAAUUGGGGCGCAUGGGGGAAUAG